UUUUCACCCGGAUGAAAAGUAUACAACUCGAAUUAAAAAUAUUUUGACUGAAUACCCAUAUGGAUCUCAAAUCCUUAGAGAAAUUUUACAAAAUUCUGAUGACGCAAAAAGCUCUGUUCAAAUUUUUAUUUUGAACCAUAAAACCUAUCCAUCUGAAAAGUUGUGUGAUCCAAAACUUGAAAGAUAUCAAGAUGUGAGCUCAAUAAUUUCUGGAUCUUCCUAUGUUCUUAUUGACCCUCAUGAGCGUCAAUAUUGUAAUGUGAAACCUGGUCAAAGAGGUUUCAAAGCUGACUUUUUAGAACACGACAUAUUAAAUGAAGUAAAAAUAAUUGUUAAUUGCGUUUCAUAA